UGGAGGGUUACGAAAAAUGGCGGCGCUCAGUACUGAGUUUGGCGAUUUGGUGCAAAUUAAAAAGCAGCUUAUUUCUAUAAUAUCACAAUGUAGAGAGAGGGGGCUCGUUCAUAGCAUGAAAUGGGCUUCAGAGCUGGCCUUUGCUUUGGACCCUCUCCCAGUAAACGAACACCCACCACCCCCAGAACUUACCGAGGACGACGCGCAGGAUUUCGACGCUCUAUGUCUGGCAAAAUCAUACUUCGAUCUGAAGGAGUAUGACCGCGCUGCGUAUUUCCUUCGCGGCUGCCGCAGUAAAAAAGCAUAUUUCUUGUAUAUGUAUUCCCGCUACCUGUCUGGAGAGAAGAAAAAGGAUGACGAGACUGUGGACAGCCUUGGGCCCCUGGAGAAGGGUCAGGUGCGGAAUGAGGCUCUCAGGGAGCUGAGGGUGGAACUGAGCAAGAAGCAUAGUGCUGGUGAGCUGGAUGGAUUUGCCUUAUACCUUUAUGGGGUGGUGCUACGCAAGCUGGAUCUGCUGAAGGAGGCCGUGGAUAUCUUUGUGGCGGCUACACAUGCCCUGCCUCUACACUGGGGUGCCUGGCUAGAACUCUGCAAUCUGGUCACCAACAUUGAGAUGCUGAAGUCCUUGUCUCUGCCUGACUGCUGGGUGCGUGACUUCUUCCUGGCUCACAUGUACACGGAGCUGCAAAUGAUCACCGAGGCCUUGCAGAAAUACCAAAGUCUCAUCGAGGCUGGCUUCUCCAAGAGCACCUACAUCAUCUCACAGAUUGCAGUCGCCUACCACAACAUCAGAGAUAUCGAUCAGGCUCUGGCUCUGUUCAAUGAGCUUCGGGAGCAGGACCCGUUCCGUAUCGAGAACAUGGACACCUUCUCCAACCUGCUCUAUGUCAGGAGUAUGAAGCCAGAGCUUAGCUAUCUGGCCCACAAUCUGGUGGAGAUUGACAAGUACAGGGUGGAGACCUGCUGUGUAAUCGGUAACUACUACAGCUUGCGCUCGCAGCAUGAGAAGGCUGCUCUGUACUUCCAGCGCGCGCUCAAGCUGAACCCACGCUGCCUCGGGGCCUGGACCCUGAUGGGCCACGAGUACAUGGAGAUGAAGAACACCUCCGCCGCCAUACAGGCCUACAGACAUGCAAUAGAGGUAAAUAAGCGAGACUAUCGAGCCUGGUACGGACUUGGUCAGACCUACGAGAUCCUCAAGAUGCCUUUCUACUCCCUUUACUACUACCGCAAAGCCCACCACCUCAGACCAAACGAUUCACGUAUGCUGGUUGCCCUUGGUGAAUGUUAUGAGAAACUCAACCAACACGUUGAGGCCAAGAAGUGUUACUGGAGGGCGUACUCAGUGGGAGAUGUGGAAAGGAUGGCUCUACUUAAACUGGCCAAACUGCACGAACAGCUUCAUGAAUCGGACGACGCAGCACAAUACUAUAUCAUCUACAUACAAGACAUUUUCUCCUGUGGGGAACAACUGGAGCAUGCUGAGGUGAGCACGGCGCUCCGGUAUCUGGGCCAGUACUACUUCAAGAACCGGAUGUAUGAUGAGGCUUCCUUCUGUGCACAGCGCUGCUGUGACUACAAUGAUGCUCGUGAGGAGGGGAAGGCUCUGCUGCGGCAGAUAGCGGCCGUGCGGGAGCAGGGAGACACGUCUCCUCCUGAGAUGUCCUUACCUGGCGUCUUCACCCCGCUGUCCAACAACGCCACGCCCAUCAGAAGAGUGUCCCCACUCGACCUGUCCUCGGUCACACCCUAACGCACACACACACGGCCAUGCUGUCCAACAACGCCACGCCCAUCAGAAGAGUGUCCCCACUCGACCUGUCCUCGGUCACACCCUAACGCACACACACACACGGCCAUGCUGUCCAACAACGCCACGCCCAUCAGAAGAGUGUCCCCACUCGACCUGUCCUCGGUCACACCCUAACGCACACACACACGGCCAUGCUGUCCAACAACGCCACGCCCAUCAGAAGAGUGUCCCCACUCGACCUGUCCUCGGUCACACCCUAACGCACACACACACACGGCCAUGCUGUCCAACAACGCCACGCCCAUCAGAAGAGUGUCCCCACUCGACCUGUCCUCGGUCACACCCUAACGCACACACACACACGGCCAUGCUGUCCAACAACGCCACGCCCAUCAGAAGAGUGUCCCCACUCGACCUGUCCUCGGUCACACCCUAACGCACACACACACGGCCAUGCUGUCCAACAACGCCACGCCCAUCAGAAGAGUGUCCCCACUCGACCUGUCCUCGGUCACACCCUAACGCACACACACACACGGCCAUGCUGUCCAACAACGCCACGCCCAUCAGAAGAGUGUCCCCACUCGACCUGUCCUCGGUCACACCCUAACGCACGCACACACACACACACACGGCCAUGCUGUCCAACAACGCCACGCCCAUCAGAAGAGUGUCCCCACUCGACCUGUCCUCGGUCACACCCUAACGCACACACACACGGCCAUGCUGUCCAACAACGCCACGCCCAUCAGAAGAGUGUCCCCACUCGACCUGUCCUCGGUCACACCCUAACGCACACACACACACGGCCAUGCUGUCCAACAACGCCACGCCCAUCAGAAGAGUGUCCCCACUCGACCUGUCCUCGGUCACACCCUAACGCACGCACACACACACACACACGGCCAUGCUGUCCAACAACGCCACGCCCAUCAGAAGAGUGUCCCCACUCGACCUGUCCUCGGUCACACCCUAACGCACACACACACACGGCCAUGCUGUCCAACAACGCCACGCCCAUCAGAAGAGUGUCCCCACUCGACCUGUCCUCGGUCACACCCUAACGCACACACACACACGGCCAUGCUGUCCAACAACGCCACGCCCAUCAGAAGAGUGUCCCCACUCGACCUGUCCUCGGUCACACCCUAACGCACACACACACACGGCCAUGCUGUCCAACAACGCCACGCCCAUCAGAAGAGUGUCCCCACUCGACCUGUCCUCGGUCACACCCUAACGCACACACACACACGGCCAUGCUGUCCAACAACGCCACGCCCAUCAGAAGAGUGUCCCCACUCGACCUGUCCUCGGUCACACCCUAACGCACACACACACACGGCCAUGCUGUCCAACAAUGCUACACCCAUCAGAAGAGUGUCCCCACUCGACCUGUCCUCGGUCACACCCUAACACACACACACACACGGCCAUGCUGUCCAACAACGCCACGCCCAUCAGAAGAGUGUCCCCACUCGACCUGUCCUCGGUCACACCCUAACGCACACACACACACGGCCAUGCUGUCCAACAACGCCACGCCCAUCAGAAGAGUGUCCCCACUCGACCUGUCCUCGGUCACACCCUAACGCACACACACACACACACACACACGGCCAUGCUGUCCAACAAUGCUACACCCAUAAGGAGUGUGUCCCCACUGGACCUGUCUUGUCACUCAAGUGCGGAUGGACACACUGACCUAUUGGGAUUGUCCUUACCAGACCCGCACACACAGGUUUAUAUGGACUCUCCCUAUUAGACCUGCACACACACACACACACACACACGCAGACACGUUUAUAUGGGCUCUCCCUAUUAGACCUGCACACACACACACCCUCCAAUGUCCACCAAUCUCAAGAAGUCAACCUUUCAACACUGGACUUGUCUCCCAUCAUGGCUUGUGUCCAUCACAACAGGUGUGAGCAUACACCACACGCCGUGGUCCUUUCGUCCUCAUACCCACAGUCCCCUCAGCCGAAUCUUUGUUUCUUAAUUAUUAUUGUUUAUAUUACUCUCCAUUUCUAUAACAGACAUCACUAUGUAAAUAUUUACGGAUUUCAGAGGGAAUGGCUUGCUUGAUCCACUGUUGAAAUUAAACUUUUUUUUUCUA